CUCGAUUUCGGCAAAACACCUCGAAUGCGCAUGUAGUUGCACAGCUGGAAUGGUAUAGAAUACAUAGUCGAUAAAGAAUCACAGCGCAGGCGAUAAACGCCCCCGGCGCACUGCUUCUUAUCAACUAUGGAGGCUUCCCCAGACGCGCCUGGUUCAGCAACUGGUCUGCCAACGCCCUCGACAGUGGAAGAGACCAGAAUGCCGAUACCUGCCAAGAAGUUUAAAGCUUCCGACCUCCCUCUACCUUCAGCGACCCGUUCAGCGAUCGAAUCCCUUGCGCGAAGCUUCAAAAAGGAAGGCGCCUACGACACUAUAAGAAAGCAAGUCUGGGAAAAGUUUGAGGCUAGCGACUACGAAGCACAAGUCACUAAAGCGAUCCUCGAAGUGGCCGAACAAGAGGUUGAACGCAACCCGCAGCAACUGUUAACUCUGGACCGUCGCAAGGCGGCUGCACUGAUUGACGGUGCUCUAGAGCGAUCUGGAGUAUAUCAGAAGGCUGAAGAUGUCAUUGCACAACUGAUUGAUGUUGAUGCAAUCGAGCGGAGCAUUCGAGAAAUUAGGCGGAAUGAAGUAGGCGAGGAAGUCGCGGAGGGCGAACGCUCUCGCGGUGCAAAGACCGACCUUGAGUACGAAGCAGAUACACAAGCAAGGCGAGACGAACGCGAACGUAUACGAGAGGAGCUACGACAAAAAGAAGCCGCCAUCGAGGAAGAAAAGAAGCGAAUCGAGGACGAGGAACGAAAGCGCGAAGAAAGAGAAGCUGAGCUUGCUGAAAUCAAACGCAAGGCUGAGCGUGACGAGCGAAGACGGAAACGUGAAGACGAGCAAAAGGAGCGCGAGAGGCAGCGUGACCUGGAGAGGGAGAAGCGCCACAAGGAACGGGAACGCAGAGAACGCGACGACGGCGGAGCCCGUGAUCGUGAUCGCGACCGAGACAGAGAUCGUGACCGAGACCGAGACCGCGACAGAGACCGUGAUCGUGACAGAGAUAGAGACAAACCUCGUACAUCGGAUCGCCCAGCGGGGGAUAGCAAAGCGGCUACGAAAGACUUGUCCAAAGAAGAGCUCGAACGACUCGAGCAGGAAGCCUUGGAAGACCUGCUUCGAGAAAGCAGCCGUUCCGCUCCGAAGCAAGAGAUGGAGGUUGACUCUGCUCUGGCGCCGCCACCCAGAAAGAUUGCACCGGCUUCAGCAAUUGAUCCCAUCCGGCGGGACUCCCGCAAAGGGUCCGAGUUACGCGAUGAUCGACGAUCUAGUAGAAGUAUAUCGCGAGCUCGCGAACGAGACCGAGAUUGGGAUAGGGACAGAGAUCACGACAGACGGCGUGAUAGAAGUCGUGGAGAUGAUGAUAGGAGAUACGAGAGAAGAUCACGGUCCCCGAGACGCGAUCGUAGCCGUUCUAGAGGCAAGUUUGUGCGUGACCGCUCACGAUCUAGAACCAGGCGCGACAGAAGCCGAUCUCGUCUGCGCCGUGAUGACCGCAGCAGAUCAAGGACACGUCGCGAUCGCAGCCGAUCCAGAAGACGGAGCCGGUCUGUUCGCAGAGACCGCACUCGUUCUAGAACAAGGCGUGAUAGCCGGGACAGGAGAGAUCGCUCUCGGUCACGACGGCGCAGAGAUAGUCGCUCGCGCACGAGACGAGAGCGUACCAGGUCCCGAAGCAGGGGAGCUGAUCGCUACGAACCGCGCGAUAGAGACAGGCGAAGCCGAUCACGGUCUCGUGGUCCCAUCUCCGCCACAAAAGAAGAAUUGGAGGAGCGCAAGUUGGAAGAGGUCAAGAAACGUGAAAAGGAGGCUAAAGCCUACCUUGCUGCACAAAAGGAUGCCCGCGAAAAGGGCCUCCCCAUCCCUGGAGUUGAUGAUAAACGUCCUGGAUGGGAUGACCGUCGUCGCAGUCGGUCUCGCAGCAGGAGUCGCGAUCGUUACCGCGACGCAGACCGGGAGAGAGAUCGUGAUAGAGAGAGAGAUCGUGACAGAGACCGCGACCGCGACCGCGACCGAGACCGAGAUCGUAGUAGAGAUCGUCGUGAUAGGGAGCGGGAUCGAAGUCGAGAGCGCAGAGAUAGGGAUAGGGACAGGGAACGAGAGCGUGAACGAGACGACAGAGACCGGGACCGAGACAGACAUGACCGUCGCCGUGAUCGAAGCUCAUCUCUUCGUCGGGACAGGCGAGAUGGAAGCCGUAAUAGGAGGCGAUCAAGAAGCCCCUAG